UGAUAUACGAUGUGUCAUACAGGGACUAUUUUAUCAAAAUGGAAGUCAACGAUAAGUUUUCCCGAAAGAAGUUUAAAUGUUCGAUUUGGAGGAUUCCUAAACUUCACAAUGUGCAUGAAAAAGCUUUCUGAUUAAUUUUAAUUACAAAAACAUUCUGCCGUUGAUUCGAUAGCGAACAAGUGUUGCUGAUUUUCUUGGGCAUUGUCUUUUUGUUUUUGUUUUGCAUAGACGGAAGUGGAACACUGAAUUCCAAAUUCCUUUCAAUUUAGGCAUCGGUAAAUCCUGGAGAUGAUGAAUGAGAUAAAGUAUUACCAUUCCAGGCAGUGGAGUUGAUAUAUGUUGCAGGGGUGACUAAUCAAGACUGGCCACUGGUCACAAUGGGGGAUGAACAAACUGUAGUCGUAGCCAAGUAUGACUACAAGGCAGAAAACGGUCAGGAAUUAGACAUCAAGAAACACGAAAAAUUAGUGUUAUUGGAUGAUUCUCGAGACUGGUGGAAAGUUCAAAAUGCAAGAAAUAAAUCAGGUUAUGUUCCAUCUAAUUAUGUCAAGAGGUCAAAUUCUAAGGCUUCCAAACUCUUCAGCAGAGUAAAGAAAAACCUAGCCAGGAGAAACAAAAGUGAUACGAAAAUAACAGGAACAAGUCCUGUGGUGAGUCGAAAUGGGGACACAGGAAGUGAUGAAAAUAGUAUUAGUAGUGACAUCCAGGCCGUGGAUCCUCAACCUGCAAUUGUGAAAUAUAAUUAUGCCCCAAAACGACCUGAUGAGAUUGAAUUAUUCAAAGGAGAGCGUGUGAUGGUAUUGGAGAAAUCCAUCGAUGGUUGGUGGAAGGGUAGAAAGUCGGACAAUAUAACUUCUGGAUGGUUUCCAUCCAAUUAUGUCGAUUUGGAACCUUCGGAACAAAAUGAUUGUACUAUGUACUCAACAGCUGCCUCUCUCGAAGAUGACUCAGUGGCAGACUACUCUGUUGACCACCAUCAAAAUGUCCUCGCCUUGUACCCGUUCCAUCCGGAAAAUCCAGAAGAACUUGGAUUUGAAAAGGGGGAGCGAUUAGUUAUCGUCAGUAAACCCUCAGAUGAUCCAGAGUGGUGGAAGGCAGUGAACAGUCAAGGAGAAAUGGGAUUAAUACCUAGAAACUAUGUGCAGACAAUCGAGGUGGACGAGAAACUGGAUGUGGAGUGUGAGACCAAUGCAAGCUCCACCACACCACAAUCACAGUCCACUAGCAGUCUUUCUAAUGCUUCAAAUCUCAGUGUAGUGGGGGUCACCAGUAGAAAACAGUUCAGGGUGUCGGGACCUCUGGCAGAGAAAGAGUGGUAUUAUGGGAAAAUUUCUCGACAAGAGUGUGAGGAUAUGUUAAGGAAGUAUGCUGCUGAGGGGGAUUUUAUUAUCCGGGACAGUGAAUCAGCUAGUGGCAAUUUUACGGUAGUGCUGAAGGCAACAGAGAGAAACAAACAUUUCCGUGUACAAGUAAAUGAAGAAGGAUUGUAUCAGAUUGGACAACAAAAGUUUGCUAACCUCGACGACCUGAUUGAACAUUACAAAAAACACCCCAUCUUCAAGCAGGAGAGUGAAAAACUGUAUUUAGUCAAACCCUUCACCCUGCCAGCAGAAUUUUGACAGAGGAUGGAAGUUCGGUUGAUUUUCAUUCUGAGUAGAUACUGACUUUGUGCACGUGAUGGUCACGUAAAUGUUCUCACUGUAUUUGCUAUGAGAUUAUGUGGGUAUCUUAUACAUGUAUUUAUUUCUGUCCUAGUAGUUACUCUGCCUAUCUUUUCUUGAACAACUUCAGAAGAAUGAAACUCAUGGAAGUGUACUGUUUACAUACAUUUGUCAAAGUUUUCAAACCUUAAAAUGUUAAUUGGAGAAUUUUUUCCACAAUUAAGAGAUGAAGGAUUUAGUAAUAGAAAUAUUUGUCAGGAGAAAUUAUUUUUUAAGUUGGUGUUAAAUGUACUUUUAAUUUAUUUUUUAUGCAACUUUACUUGUGUUUGAACUUUUUUCCAGUUGUACAUCAUCUGAAUCCUGAUUGGUCAUUCAUGUCAAUACAAGAAGCUUAUUUCAAAUUAAAAUAUAUAUGGGACAUGUCAAAGGUGAAUCUGUGUGAAUAGCUGAGUUAGUGAACAGGAAAUAUGUACUAUGUACAUAGGGUACUAUGUAUAUAUAUUGAUUUGAUUUAUAGAUACUUUGCUAAGCAUUUCAGUAAUUUUUCGAAAAUGAAAACACAGAAUUGUGAGGUUCUAUGUAUGAUGUCAGUGCUUUAUAGAGGUUUUAAUUUUUCUGAAUUUAAAGGAAAGUGGUAUUUACAUGUAAUAGCAUCAUAGACAACAGUCGCUAAAUGUCUUUGUAGUGAACUGUGUAAUUUUUCAGGAACAAGGAAAGUGCUAAAUUUAAACUCUUUCCCAACUCUUUUGGAUUUGUUCCUGCACUUUAGAGGAGCAUCCAGAAAAUCUGUACAACUGUGUAAACUUAUUUUGAACUGUGUUACACUGAAAGAAUUGCAAUAUUCAUGAGGUUUUUCAAUAGAUAAGAUCCUCCCCAUAUCAAUUUUAUGGAAGAGUUGUAUAAAACUAGUAAUACACAAAAUAAUAAUGCAUUAAACGUAUGUAUAAGAUGUAAUUUAUUAGUUUACUGAAUGAUGAUUGAGCAGUGUUUGCAAUGUUCAUUAUUAGGAAUAAUAUCCCUCCGAAGUUGUAAAUGAUUUUAUUCAGGGUUCCAUUAGUCCCCCUCCCGUGUUAUAUGUAAUAACUCUAGUCAAUGUAGACAAAAUGAUUUCAGAUUUUAUUAUGUACACAGUUUUCAUACCCUCUCCACAUAAUGUAUCAUAUGCAUAUAUCUUUAAUCUUUUUCUUGAACCUUUAGUGCUUAUAUGAGAAUGAAAGAUGCCAUGUUUUGCUCAAAUUGAGAAAAAAAAGGAAUUUAAUGCUGGGUAUGGUCGUGCUUAUAAAUUUUCAGCUGUGCAUAAGGAGGAUUGUUUUGGGGUUUUGUAUCUAGAUAAAGAAAAUGAUAUGGAAUUUCCUUCAGACUUUCCACAUUUGCUAAAAUAUGGAACACUGAUGAUCGGUUUUUUAAGGGUAUUUUGAUUGUUAUGUCAGUAUUUUUACAUAUAUAUUAUGUCCAACUAGGUUUGAAUUCAUUUAUGAUAGUUACAAAAUACUGAAAGAAAUAAAUGAUAAAAUAUUUGCUUAAAAAUGAAGUAUACAACAUAAUAUAGUUGCUUGAUGGCUCUGACUCCUUCAUACUGUGUAUUGGUUCAAUGUAUUCAAAAGGAAUAGAUUAUCUACAAAUAUGUUUCAAAAUCACUUCUUCAUCUCAGUCGCUAUGACAUUGUCUGUCGAGGUGCUUUUUCUUUUCAGCAUUUCCUGCAUAUCCAUGUACAGAUGAUUUGGUGUAAUAAUUAUAAAUAUAUCCAAGCAUGUGAAAAAAAAAAUCAUUUUCAAUGUGGCUAUAUAGGUUGUUUACAAGCAUACAUUUUUUUGUUAAAAGUACAUGCAUAUUUGGUAUUCCAGGUCAAAAAUAGACAAAACACUCUGGUGCUUUUAAAUACCAGUGUUCUCUAAAUUUCUUCCCCAUAACAUUACGGAUAUGGAGAUUUAAAGUACAGUGCACCAUAAGUUCAUUUUACCUUUUUUCUGAGUUAAAUGUAUAUGCGUCUCGCAUACAUUAUUAGUGUUCUUAUUUCACAGUGGAAAUAGCUACUAUACUAGGAUUUCAUAUGCAAGUUCGGUAUGAUGUAUAAUAUGUAAAAGCAACAGAUAACUCGUGAGAAAGAAAACAUUUAUUGUGAAAUCACAAAUUUUCUUGGGGGGUUAAUUUUAUUUGUUUUUUGUGGUAUGUAGAGACCUCCAUGUCAUGUUAAAAUUUCUAACUACAGUAUCCUGUCUUUUCUUCAACCAUGAAAUGAAAUCCCCACAAACCAAUAUUUUUUUUCUCAAACCAAGAAAAUCUGACUCCAUUAUAUAAGUGAUUUAACAGUACACAGUAAGCUAUUUGAUCAUGUUGAUAAUCCAAAUUCAUUACAUCCAGGCUACAGACUAGGAUGUCUCAUUCGUUUACACUUUUUUUGCAAAAAAGAAUUGUUUUUCUCAAGUACAAUAAAAACAUUUACUGUACUGAUUUCUUUUUUAUCUCUCUUGGUUGUAAGGGAUACAAAGAUUUUGAAAUUUGAUAUUGUUUGAUAGAAUAUAAUU